AUGGCGCCCCGUCUGUUGAGCUGUUUCGGCAGGCGCUCCUCCGAUCCCGAGAGCCACAGCAAGGCCGCGGCGGCGGAUCUGUCGGGGGAGGAGCAGCAGCGGAGGGGCGGGCCGGUGUUGGUUGAGCUCUUCUCGUCCCAGGGCUGCGCCACCUCUCCGGAGGCGGAGCUGCUCUUCUCCCGGCUGGGCAGGGGCGACUUCAACCUGGGCGUGCCCUUGCUCCUGCUGGCUUACCACGUCGACUAUUGGGAUUAUAUGGGCUGGAAGGACCCAUUCGCCUCCACCCAGUGGACCGUCCGCCAGAAGGCCUACGUGGAGGCCCUCAACCUCGACACCAUGUUCACGCCCCAACUGGUGGUCCAAGGCCAGGCCCACUGCCUCGCCAAUCAGGAGGAGUCUAUGCUCUCCUCCAUCGUCUCCGCCCCCACCCUCCCUGGGCCCGCCUUCCAGGCAACUUUCCAAAUGGCGUCACCGGAUUCGCUUCAAGUAUCAUUGACGGGGCCUCUGAGGGCAAAAGUGGACCACUCGGGUGCUAACGUGAUGGUGGCACUAUACGAAUCGGGUCUGGUCACCAACUGCCAAGAAGGAGCUAACAAAGGUCGGAUUUUGGCCAACGACUAUGUUGUCCGGCGCCUUGAGAAGCUAUGCUCCGUGAAGGACUCAUCCGCCAAGAAAACAGUAUCGGGGACCGUGAAUUUCUCGUUGUGGGAGGGUUUCAAUGCGGCCAAAUGUGGGCUCGCCGUAUUUGUGGAGAAUUCGUCUCACCGGAUAUGCGGUUCACAGAGCAUUCAGCUGCCAGACAAGAUUUGA